CAGUUGUAAAAUCUGGAUCGACUGGGCUGUAGUUUCCACUGUUGUGAACUGACAUUCUUUGCUGGAUGCCAUGACUGAAGCCAGGAAGCUGCCCCCACCGUUGCCCCCUCGAUUAGACUGGUUCGUGCACACCCAGGUGGGCCCUCUGGCCCAAUGUGGAAUUCCUGAGUGGUUCCAUGGCAGCAUCUCUCGAGAGGCUGCUGAGAACUUGCUAGAGUCACAACCUCCAGGGACCUUUCUCAUCCGAGUCAGCCACAGCCACGUGGGAUACACUCUUUCCUACAAAGCCCAGACCUGCUGCCGUCACUUCAUGGUUAAGCUCUUGGACGAUGGGACUUUCGUCCUCACUGGGGACGAUGUGACCCACGCCUCACUGGACGCCCUGGUCAUCUUCCAUCAGCAGAAGCCUAUUAGGCCGCACGGGGAACUGCUGACCCAGGCAUGCGGGCAGAAGGAUCCAGCCCACGUGGACUACGAGGAUCUCUUCCUUUACUAUAACACUGUGGCUGAGGGCGCCCACAGCCCCGGUCCCCGGGAAGCUCAGACGCCGUCCCGCCCGCCUGAGGAGGCCUCCGAAAAGAAGGCGCCCGCAGUGGUCCACGGAGAGCCUGCAUCUGCAUCCUGCUCCCCGAAAGCGCCUUUCUGGGAAGCCCGCCGGAAACUGUGGCAGACCCUGAAGACGGUGCCGCGGACUGGCAGGAAGGCUCAGCGGCUGCUCAGCGAUCACCUGGCAGCGACCGUGCAGCCCCGCUGCCCUGUGACCCGAGCGGCCAGCUGGGACAGCCCGCGCCGCCCCGCUGAGCCCCGUGCAGCCCCCUCUUUCCCAACCCCCCCAGAGCCCCAGACUUGGAAAGGCAGAGACGCCGCCUCCAAGAAGGCCGCCAGUGCUACCAGCUGGAGGGACACAGCCUCGGGGCUUAGGGCUUGGCCAGGGAAGAUGAUGAGGGCCCUGUCGGUCCAGGAAACCAAACCCCAGACCCAAGACUUGACAGCCCAGGAUUGGCUACCCGAGGAGUACCUCCCUCCGCCACCAUUCGCCCCUGGGUACUGAUGACGCUCCUACUCCUCUGAGUUUCUAUGCCCCUCUGGGUAUCCGUCCUCCUCCCCUCCCCGGUCCCACACCUGCCCUGGCAAUCCGAGAACUGCACUCAAGAGGUUGGGAGGGGGCGAUUUCUGAAGUUGGGGUCUGCUGGGGAUGCUGGUUUUUAAUAAUAAAAUUACAGCACUGAGGGCCCCCAAGAUGGCUCAGCAAGUAAAGGCUGUCAAAGCUAAUGACCAGAGUUUGAAGUUCGAGUCCCAAGACCCACAUGGUGAAAGGAGAAAACACUCCUUCAAAUUGUCCUCUGACCUCCACACAAAUAAUUAAUAAAUAAAAAAUAAUUAAAUGUAAUUUUAGAAAUCACAGCAGUGAUUUGGUAUACCAAGCACAUGUCAAGCCUGUGCCUCACCUUCUAUAAUCUCUGUAUCCACCGGCCGUAUCUGAUUCAGCCACACACAAAAAUAUUUUUCUGAAACGUGACAUCCUGGAUUGGGGAAAUGGCUCAGUAGGUAAAGUGCUUGCCCUGAAAGCAAAAGGAUCUGAGUUCAAAUUCCCAGAAGGUGGGAAGUAGGUGGUUUGCCUCCCCUAUGCAGCAGUGGCUCACAGAAAUAGACCUCAGGACUGGAGAGAUGGCUCAGCAGUUAAGAGCACC